UAAUCAUUAAAACAUGCUCAAUGAGAAUUUAUUUUGCAUCAGGAAAGCUGGUCGAAAUUACUUUUUAAAGCAUGUACAAUUAACAACAUCCUGUUUUACACUGGGAAGAAAAUCAUUUUUCUUUCGAACCAUCCUUUCUUUAAAAAAUAAAAUUAUACAAACUCAUAAAAAAUAUAAAAAUUAUGGAAUUUAUAUGGCUUUAGAAAUAAAAUAUAUUUACCUGGCUGGUGUAGCAGAAACCCUAACAAAUUUUUUUAAUUUUGACAUCAGAAAAAGAUCGUGAUUCUUAACUUGGCUUAUCUGCACCCUGUUUUCCACUGCAUGUGGGCUAAGUGCUGGUCUUGACAGUGUUAUUGCAACAUGCAUUAGUGAACUCACAUUUUCAAGUUUUAAUGUAAUUUUUGUGUGAUUUGAAUUGUUUAGUAACAUUGAUAUUAUGUGUAAAGUGUAAAGAUGGCAUAUAGGUCAUUGAGAGAGAUCAAGUUGUGUUUAGUUGGAGAUGGUGGUGUCGGCAAGUCUUGUUUAGUAUUACGUUUUGUUAGUGAUCAGUUUGAUUUGCAUACCACUGCAACAAUUGGUGCAUCGUUUAUGUCAAAAACGUUUAAUGUUGGUGACAAAGCAUUUAAGUAUCAAAUAUGGGACACAGCAGGUCAAGAAAAAUAUAAAGCUCUGGCACCAAUGUAUUACAGAGGAGCAGCUGCUGCUAUAGUUGUUUAUGAUUUAACAAAGAAAAGUACAUUUGAGAAGGCAAAAUUGUGGGUCAAAGAGUUGAAAUUAUAUGGUCCUUCAAAUAUUGUUAUUUCUAUAGCUGGAAAUAAAAGUGAUUUAAAAGAUCAAAGAGAAGUGAGUUUAGAAACUGGUUUGGAAUAUGCUGAAAGUAUCGAUGCUGCUUUUGCAGAAGUGUCUGCUUUGACAUCUGAUAAUGUAAAUUAUUUGUUUGAAGAUAUAAGUCGGCGACUACCUGCAGAAAAUCAAGGUUUUUCUUCUGGUGGUUUAAAACCCUUAGUUAAAAUUCCUCCUAAAAAGCAUUCUAAAUGUUGUUGAAGUUUAUCUACAUUGAUAUUUUGUAUGUUUACCAUCACAUUUUCGUUAUUUUUACCAUCUCUAAUAUGUGAAUUAGUUACUGAGGCCAUAUUGAAAGAUAUUAAAUGAGCAUAUAUAUAAACAAAUGCAGCGGCAAUUUAUGACAGCAAUAACUGUAAGGAAAUUUCUUUUACAGAAGCAAAAAGAAACAAAUUGAGAUGGAAUGCAAAAGUUGCUAAUUUUUAAAAUUGUGAUAAACUUAGCUUUUAAAGGAAGUAAUUUUCCUGAAGUUUCCUUUUAUAAAAUUAGUCACUAAUUUUUAAAGGUUAAAGAAAAUAUGCGAUUAUAUAAGGGCAAAGCAAAAAUUACCCAGCUGUUUUUUUCCGGUAAAUAUCUAAUAAUUUUACCCACAAUAACAAUAAUUCCCCUAAAAAAAGCAAAAUGGUAGAAACAGGUGAGGGAACCACCAGGCUGGCUAGCUGAAAUGAAAGCCUCUGUCUGUAUAAUCUUUUAUUCACUUAUAAGUAAGAUGUAUUAUUUAGCGUAACCUACACGAACAGAUAAGUUUUUAUAGUAACUUUUAAAAGAUGCUAAACAUGUGUAAAAAGCUGGUUAGCUACCUAAAAAAAUUUAGUUUGAAACUUUUGAGUUGGAAUUCGUUUAUCAUCAACAUAUUACGUAAAAUAAUGUAACGAAUGCCUGUUUUCCGUGUGCGUGCUUAUUAUAAAAAGCUAUGUAAUUAAUUUUAUUCUCACUGUUUUAUCUUGUGUUCGGGCUCCUCGCUGCUGAGAGCUUUUUCGCUUAUGUCAUUGCAUAUUAUCUUUAACCAUAAUAAAAAAAUAAUUAGUGAUUCAGGGAAAGUCCUAGAAGUUGUAUUUAUGAAAUUAAGAAAGGAUAAAAAUAUAAAAACAGAGAGAAUAUUUAUAAAAUUUGCAGAAUUUUAAAUACCUAACUUGGAAAAAAAUUUUGGCAGAUACCUUUUUGCAUUUAUAUUUUGUUUUUUGUCAAUUGUUUUUUUUGUCAAAUUCAUUUUUUGAUUUGGUUAAUUAUAUCUUUGUUUGUUUGUUUGUCAAGUUAAAUACCAACAAACAAUCCAAAUUUAUAAUAGUUAAAUUAGGUGUAUAUUUUUAUAGAUGUAAUUUCUUUUAUGGAUAUUAUUAUUUUUGUACAAAAUAUAUUAUUAGCAAAAUUAGCAAAAAACGCAUACGUAUUUUUUCAAUAUUAGGCAUUUUUAUAAAUUUUAUUAGUUAUUGUUUUUUAAUGUUUGCUGUAUUCUUAUGAUUUUUAAGUCAGAUUUUUGUAAAAUUGUUAAAAUAAUAUUUCAGCGAAAUGUGGAUCAGGCAAGAAAUUAGUUUUUGUAACGCUUUUCCAUUGCCGACAUAAUGCCAUAUUUUCCUAGUAGUGGUGGUCUUUAUCCAACAAUUUUGCUUUCUUUUAAACAAUUAAAA